GGUCCUUUGUUGAUGAAAACAAUGGUCGUUAGACGUUUGAUCGAUCGUAUGAUUUCGUGCUAAAUCCUUCCAACAGUGGAGCGUUUCCCCUGACAGAUGAAUUGAUUAUACGAACAAGAAAGAUCGAAGGCGUGACAGAGAAAGAAACAGUUGAAAGAUGGAGAAUCUUGCAUGGCAGAAGGUUUCUUUAACGACUAUUUUGUUGGUUGGGAUCGCAUGGCCUUCGUUUUUCCACUGGUGGUUUAGGCUACCAUGGUAUGUCUAUCCAUUAGAACUUUGUCUCUUGGACGUACUAUCUUUUGUAGUCCUUAUGGUUUUGUGGAAUUACUUUUCAGUGCUCCGGACUGAAAGAAGUAAAAUAGGCGAGUUCAUCGAGUUUAAGGAUGAAGAUUUACGAAAUAAAUACGCUGGUUCAUUUAUUCCACUUCAAAUUCUUUACGAAGCUUAUGCGGACGAUAGACUUGUUUUCAAAUCGGACACCCUGAACGCUUUGGAAGCGAGAGAGAAAUACUCGACUAACCGACUUCUGUGGUGGCAUGUGAAGUUCUUCUUCUGCAAUUUCAUACCAGAGAUGCUCUUUCAUACGAAAGUUCAAGACACUGACCAGGUAAGAGAUCAUUAUGACAGGGGCAACGAUUUUUAUGAAAGUUUUCUCGGCCCAAUGAUGAUUUAUACAUCUGGUAUCAUGAGAAAGCCGAACGAUUCCUUAGAAGACAUGCAACUCAACAAAUUAGAAAGAGUAUGUGAGAAGCUUCAGUUGAGUGAAAAAGAUAAUCUGCUCGACAUUGGAUGCGGGUGGGGAAGCUUGGUGAACCACGCAGUAGAAACACAUAACGUCAAAGGCAUCGGCGUAACACUGGCUAAAAAUCAAGUACAAUGGGCUGAAACAUCUGCCGAGGAGAAAGGAGUUUCCGAUGGGGCAUCUUUUCUCUGCAUGGAUUAUCGUGAUAUCCCCAGAACAAAGUUUAGCAAAAUCUCAUGUCUGGAGAUGGCAGAGCAUGUUGGCGUGAAGAAUUUUGGUGGUUUUAUGAGCCAGGUCUACGACAUGCUUCAGGAUGAUGGCAUCUUUUUUCUCCAGAUAGCAGGGUUGAGGAGAGCUUGGCAGUGGGAGGAUUUUGUUUGGGGUCUGUUUAUGGAUAAAUACAUAUUUCCUGGCGCUGAUGCUAGUUGUCCACUUGGCUUUGUCAUCGCACACCUGGAAGCGGCAGGUUUCGAAGUGCAGUCAUCCGAAACCAUUGGUAUUCACUACUCACAUACUAUUAAUCAUUGGUAUAACAACUGGAUUAAGGAAGAAACAAAGGCUAAGAUGGUUGCAAAAUAUGGUCAAAGAUUGUAUCGCAUCUGGGAAAUCUUUCUGCUUGGUCAACAAUCAUAGCAAGACAAGGGAACUCAACCUGCUUCCAAAUUGUGUGUCACAAAAAUCUGAACAAAUUCAACAGAAACAGAUUCAUCAAACAUCAAGCUAAAAACUCCAUUUUUGGGUAAGAUUUUCAAGCUUCUUUGGUGCAUAACACUCGAAUUACACUAAUGAAGAAACAGAAAAACCCGUUUUUGAAAUAAUUGUGUCAUUGAACUAACUGAAAAUGUUUUUCUUGAUUCUGUAUUUAACUAGUUACGAUAACCUAAAUAUCCAAAUAAAUUAUUUACAUUAGAAAAUGGUAAAAAUGGCAACUGGGUUUACGAUUAAGGGUCAGAAGAUAAUUCACAAGAAAUAAGAAUUCGAAGUACGAGACUGGUUAUAAAGUUAAGUUAUAAAAUGUUUGUGACUCCAAAUCCCCUUUAGGUCCUUAUCUAGUGAUGUAUAUCUAACUUCAUGACCCUGUUUCUGAGGGAACUUUCUUUAGACCUAAACACAAAAGGGCUGAAAAAUCUUUCCGUCACUGAAGUCAACCGGCAAAUGUCAUUAUGAAUAACGAAAACCACAAUCUCCAAAAAUCGCCAAACCCACGUUUCUUAGAGGAUUGCGCCACCGUAGAAGCCGUUGUUUGCAUAGGGUAAGACAUGCUCCUAUCGCUAUGAACGGAAAAAUAAUAGCCCGUUUUCUAUAACCAUAUACAACAGAAAGAAGAGGGGCGUUUGGCGUAAGCGUUGUUCAUGCAAAGAUCAGGUUAUUAAAGUGAUUCUAAAUCUGCACGACUUUUUGCGAUGUGCUUGCAGAAGAAACGUAAUGAUUGUAGGAAUUAGCGAAAUUAGAAUACAGUUCAUGCUGUUUAAGUGCAUAGGCUGGUCUUAUGCCGUUCUUUUUUCUCAUUCUACGUGAAAAAGUCAGUCAAAACAGGAAAAGCCCUCGAUUUUGAGCACAGAGUUAUGAAUUAAUGAUGAGACGAUCUAGUGUUACGUGAAGUUCGUGUCUAUAAAGUAUUCUGAAUAGGUGGGAUUUCAAAAAAAGUGGCAGCUGACAUAAAAAAGGUGGGUAUUAAAUCUUUUGCCGAUACCAUCAAAACAAAGAAUUUCCAUCGACCAAAUCAUGCAGCAGAUCUAACUUCUUUAUUCAUAGUUCCAACUUUUUAAGUUGCCAUCACAAUUGGAAUAGGACAGUUACUCGCUUAAUGUAGAUAAGGAUAUUUUGACUUUUGAAUAAGUAAUCAUCCGUGACGGCGCAAUGACUUGACGGUUCACAAAAGAACAUGUUCUUUCAAGAAAAAUCAAUUACACAUUGCGGUUAGCUUGAUCUUGAUCUACUCAGGUAAAAAACAUUGCGAUAGUUAGCCUGCCCAAGCAUACAGCUGGAUAAUCUUGACCUCCCUGAUUUUGUGUCUGUAAAAAACAAAUCUAUACAUGAAAACAGUGUUGUUCCUUUUUUACCUACGGUCAUGGUACCACUAAACUACGGUUAUUGACAACCAGUCACCAGGAAAGGGUUUGGGGUGGCUAUGUCACAUUCAAUAUUGAGCUUUUAUAGCGAAAUCUAAGCAGUAAUUGAAUGUUUUUUAGACAGCUAGUGAGACACAGGGUUGAAAAAACAUCCAUCGCGUCUAAGUAGCUAGCUAGGAAAUCUUUAAGAGAAACGCUAAGCCCCUCACCCCUCUCCCCAACUCCACCUCCUUACAUCUUUGAAUACUUCAUCCUGGACCAGUUUAUGAAUUUGACUGACACCUGAAUCGUAAACCAAGAAGAAACGAUGCCUUUUCUAAUAAAUGUUUUGAAUUUUAUAGUAUUAAUUACUUAUUUUAAUACAUCUUUUGCUAUUUUACGUUCUUUUUACCCCAUUUAAGAGCAUGGGAAUUGCCUUGUAUCAAAAACGUUCCUUGAUUGAAGCUAUAAUUAAUAGAGUAGCGAGAGUUGCGUCACUAGAGUCGUCUUCGUAAGCUCCUAAAUCGGAUAAUAUAAAACUGUUCUAAACAUAUCAUUGUUGCUUCAUUCAUUUUUAAGAUACUAUCGUGCAAACGUCUUUCCUUUCUAAUCAGGUCUUUAAAAUUCGUUUUCAAAAGAACCAAUGAUGACACCAAGGAAAAGCUUUCGGAUUAGCCGAGACACAGUAGUUUUACAGGUGAAUUAACGCAUAAUCCUUGAGAAUAGCAAGUCAGCUCAUGCAUGAAGCACGGUUCGCCAAUGUAUCAGGAAGCAUUGUUAGGAUUAACAGUAGAGUUUACGGUAACAAUAAAUAACGAUUAGUGGCUGGCUAUUCAUGCUUAGUUUUUUGGAUACUUACGAUUAACAACGCAGUCAACAUAGAUGUUUAGUCAAAGUGGUUCAAGCACGAGUCAUCGCAGAAAGUGAUUUCGCCAUUUUAUUGAAGGCAGAUAUGAUAAGAAGAUACAUACUUUUCAACAAUAAGCUUUGCUGUCUGAUUAGAAAUCUCUAGUGUGCCCGGAUUGAAAUCUCUAGUUUUGCAAACACCCCUUUUACAUAAAUUCCUAACAACUAGUAUCAAGUAUUAGCUUUAAGCCUAGUAGACGUUCGUCACAAUGUCAAACACCAAGAGGAAAGCCAAUGGACAUUAUAAAGUGCCACACCCAAACCCUGCCCCUUUCCAUUCUGUUUCUGAGGAAUGGUUAUCAGGGUUUGAAGAGUAUUGUCUGGAGACUUUGUUUGGUCUGUUUCAAUAUCCAUUGGUCCAUAUAAUGGUCCAUUGAAGAUUGGUACAAGUUUUCAAACCCCAAACUGUACUCUUUUCAUAGGGAUUCACAAGUAGGCUAAAAGAAGGUGAAUAUUUGUUGUAUAAGAUAGUGUUUAAUUAAUAACUUUACUAGUCUAUAGCUAGAUUUUUUGCUGUCAUUAUUAAUAACGGUUUCCAUACAUCGACAAUCUUUAUCGUAUAUUCAUUUUACGUAAAUCUAAUUUGAUACUGCUAGUUCUCCUUGAUGUUGUAGCAGAUUAAGGUUUUCGUCUUUUAAAGUAUAAUGUGCAGAUGAUGAAGCCCUAGCAUAAUUUAAAAUGGUAAACGUUUAACGGACAAAUUUAACGUAUUGUAGUGGUUAUAGUACAAAAUUGUUUCAUGAAAAUGCAAAAAUCUUUAUUCA